AGCGGAAAAUGGCUGCUGCAACCUCAAGCCUAUCCUGAUACACCGAAACGACAUCAAGGUGGAGAGAGAGAGAGCGAGAGCAAGAGAGGGAGAGAGAAAGGGAGAGGAAGAUUAGGAAAAUGAGAGCAGAUAAAGAGAGAAUGUGAGUGAGUCUGUGAGUGUUUCCUGAAAGGAGGAUAUAAAGAGAGAGAGAGGGAGAGAGAGGGAGAGAGAGAGAGGGAGAGAGAGAGAGAGGAGACCCUGGGGUGGGCUGCUGCAAGCGGCGGGCAACACCGAGCCAUGGAGGGCGAUGUGCGUGUUCGUGCAGUGGUGAUGACACGUGAUGACUCCAGUGGCGGUUGGGUGCCCCUUGGAGGUGGCGGCCUCAGUCAUGUGGUCAUAUGUAAGGGGCGGAGUCACGAAGGAAGGGGGCGGAGAGAGUACAUCAUACGUGGAGAAAGGCUGCGAGAUCGAGCACCGGUGUUGGAGUGUGCCGUUCAAAGGGGGUUAGUGUACAACAAGGUCAACCCCAUCUUCCAUCACUGGCGGGUAGAGGAUCGCAAGUUUGGCCUCACGUUCCAGAGUCCUGCCGACGCCAUCUCCUUCGAGAAGGGGCUGCAGACUGUCAUAGACAAGCUCGACAGAGGCUCCGACUCGCCUUCGUCCUCCACGCCCGAAGAGGCCGACACUGAGGAUGACGGACAAGCUUCCCAUACAGGAAGUGAGUCAUCAUCCAACAGCAGGAAGGAGAUGCUUCCCAAACCCAUUACCAUAGUCACAAGUGAGUCGUCCUCUACCUGCUUUGUGCGGACUGAAGAGUUCGGUUUUGGAUCCAGCCAUGCCGUCACCACCCAGACACCUGCUCAGAUCCACACCCGGCCAGGACAGCACCAGCUCUCGCAAAUGACGGCCGUUUUGAAUCCUCCAGCUCCUCCGCCACCGCCGCCGGCCCCACCGACUCCUCCCGUAGGCCCCCCAGCCUCGUCUCCUCUGUCCCCCCUCUCACCCACCAUUUCCCUGCUGGAGGAGGGGGACCUGCGCAGUGUUGACCCCUGCAAGGACCUGUGGGGUUCCAGAGGUUAUGAGGAUUAUCGACGGGCAGGCGCCACUAGGACUAUGGUUGGGGGGCUGACCGGGGGUGUGGUUGUUGGCGGUGGGGGGAGUCUGCAGGACAAAUCUGAGCUGUGCAUGGUUCGCUUUGAGAAGGAUCUGGCGGGAGUGGGGACGGCGGGUUGUGACGUGACCGUGAGCCUGGACAGUAAAGCUUCCCAGCGUCUGUCCUCAUCAUCGCCCACCUGCAUGUCCAUGCCCAACGCCGUGUCAGGCGUGUCCUCGGGUGCCGGCUCACCCCAGGAGACAGGCAAAGGCUCACCCUCUCCCUGCUGCAUCCACACCUCCCUGGCCACGCCCAGAUCACGGACUCGUAAGAGAGGAGGAGGGGCCAGUAGUAGUGGCGACCCGGGGGUGAUAUCCCCCGACGACGACAGCCCGUGUCCUCAGGCGUCGUCCUCGUGCUCAUCUCGCUGUGUGUACUGCCGCUCUGUUUUCAGCGCUUCAGAGAAUGGGCGGGGCCGCUGCAGAGACGCCCCCGACCCCGCCCUGCACUGCCUCCGCCAGUGGACCUGUGUGUGGUGCGCAGAGAGUCUGCUCUACCACUGCAUGUCGGACUCUGAGGGAGAGUUCUGGGAGCCCUGCUCGUGUGAUGACUCGGGGGGCCACCCGCACCCCCUGUGCUGUGCCCGCUGGUUGGCCCUCCUGGCCCUGUCGCUCUUCGUGCCCUGCAUGUGCUGCUACCUGCCUUUGCGCGCCUGCCUGCGGUGUGGGGAGAGGUGUGGCUGCUGUGGGGGAAAGCACAAAGCGGUCCGAUGA